AUGAAUAAACAAUCUCCAACACAGUUAAAACCACCAGAGUGUUUUCAGUGUAAAAGCAAUGCAGAAUACUACUGCAGGACAUGUAAACAAGAUUUGUGUGUUCUCUGUAAGGAAGAACAUGUGAUAGACUUUGACACCAAACUCCACGAUGUAGUGAUUGACCGCUUAAAGUAUGGAGAUAUUAUUAUAUUAGAGACAUGUAAGAGGCACCAGAACAUGAUCUCUUCAAUGUGGUGUCUUGUGUGUCAGCUUCCUUUAUGUUCUUACUGUGCAGAACACUCAGGACAUUAUGUACAAGACAUAAAGUUGGUGUAUAAAAAACAGCAUGAACAACAUCAGGAAAUAAUUUUUCAUGUAAAAAGUGAGAUUAUGCUGUAUGCUCAUAGUAUCCAGUCAGGCAUCAAUUCUGAUUUCAAACCCUGUCAAACAGAAAUCCUCAAACUCCAGGAAAAUAUGGUUAUUAAAGCUGAAAGGCUUAAGGAUCAGAUAGAUGUCGUUUUAGAAGACAUCAAGAAACUGAAACGUUACUUAAACUCCAAACAGAAACAACAAAGGAGACACAUUAGUUCCAUUCAAAAACGUGUACACAGAUCUGAACAGUUAGCAACCAGAGCGAUACAAUUUCUUUUAUUUUCCAAGAAUAACAGUUUUUACAAAAUAAAUAAUAAAACUCCCAGUGCAUCAAUAGUUCAAGCUCACUCUCUGAUCAAGGAAAUCAACAAAGAUAAUGUUUUCAAUUGUCUGGUAGGAAUCUCUAUAACAGAGCCUGGAAAAAGACAAGUAAGAACUGAACAUUUAUUUAAAGUGAUGUCUCCACCAGUGUUAAAGAAAACUUUUAGGGUGAAGCCUACAGGGGUUCGACAAAAUGUCAGUCGUCAUAUCUCUUGUGUGACACCAAACGUUGCCUGGGUCAGCGGUUGGAAUAAUUUAAACUUGACAGAUACAAUGGGUGACAAUUUACAUUAUCUUGAGGAUUUAUGUCAUAACGAGGGUGUACACACCGUGACAAGAGAAGGCAAUCUAGUAUACAUAGAUAGGGAUUAUAAUAUCAAGAAACUCUCAUUGAACAAUGAAGCAAAGUCUACAUUGAUGAGAAAAGCAAAACCUUGGAAACCAUUAUGUCUCUACUGCUCUCCCUUAAAUGGAGAUUUACUUAUUGGAAUGAAGAGACAGGAUGCUUUAACAGCCAAGGUAGGGCGAUACAAUAUUGAAGGACAAGAACUACAACACAACCCAGGUCAGGGACUGUAUAAUUAUCCCCGAUAUAUCACAGAAAACCAAAAUGGAGAUGUGAUUAUUACUAACUCUGUCCUUAGUGACUUAGGUGUUAUAGUGGUGACCGAUUUUUUAGGAACACAUCGCUUCUCCUAUACCGGAAGUCCGAAAGGAUCAAAAUUUGAUCCAAUUGGAAUUUGUACAGAUGCUCUGUCACACAUUCUAGUUUGUGAUGCUUACACCAAGACCGUACAGAUGAUAGACAAGGACGGUCAGUUCCUGACAGUACUGCUGACAGAAGAACAGGGAGUGGAAUAUCCAUUCAGCUUGAGCUAUGAUCACAGAUCUCAUCUUCUCUGGGUCGGAUCGUCACAGAACAUUAUGAUCUGUAUAUACAGACAUAUACAGAGGCAUGAACACCUUACAGGAAAUCAUUAG